GAAAGUAAAAUAUUGCACUCUUUUUCAAAAAAAAAAAAAAUCAUUUUAUCCGAAACCAAAACAUAGGGCCAUUUUUCACGUAAAAGAACUCCUCCACUUCUCUCGUGAACCUUCCGGCCGUCAACCUCCUUCCGAUCUCCUGCCUCUCUCUUCUCCGGCCAGCAUUUCCGCGGACAGCUCACGCGACUCCGCCGAAGAACAACGAAAGGCGGCGGCGUUUUACCUAGCUCCUUCUGAUUUUCCCGUUCCUGGCGCACCCUACGAAGUGACUUCCUCUCCUGAAACCCACGCACGAGCAAAACACUCUAAAUUCCUUUCGAACUUAGGCUCUGGUGUUCGGUUUUGUGAAAUCGAACACAAUCAAAGAACUUUUGGGUUCCUUUUUGAGACCGCGAUAUACUAAUUCGAAAUACUAAUGGGGAGUAUAGUUGAAAUGCAAACCACAAUAGGAGAAUUGAAAUCGAAGCAAUACUAAAUAAAGGUUUAUUGGGUUAUUUUUUCUUAUCUUUCCUUUUUGCUGUCGGAACUUCGAUCUAGGCGUUUGCAGCUGAACUUGUAUAGUAAUUAUGUCAGGAAGGUCAAAGGGAUGCACCAUUUACGUUGGUAAUUUGGAUGAAAGAGUAAGUGACAGGGUUCUUUACGACAUUCUAAUCCAAGCUGGACGGGUUGUGGACUUGCACAUUCCUCGAGACAAGGAAUCUGGCAAACCUAAGGGUUUUGCUUUUGCAGAAUAUGAAAGUGAGGAGAUUGCCAACUAUGCUGUUAAGCUUUUCUCUGGUCUUGUGAAUCUUCAUAAACGUACCUUGAAGUUUGCAGUAUCUGGGCAAGACAAACCUUCACCUGUUAGCAAUGCAAUCACUUCAUCAUCAAGGUCGCAGAUUGUUUCAGGUUACUCUAAUGAAAUAUCUCAGUAUUCCAAUCGCUUUUCCUCAUCUUGCAGGUUUCCAACAUAUCCUGAGAACCAUCUUGAAGCUCUUCUUAACCCUGGUUUAGUUAACCAAUUUAAUGGGUAUGGAUCACAUUUGGAUAACUACAAUAAAGAAUACAGUCAGAGGUAUUCUGGGACAAAUUUGGAUAGCUUUAACCAACCUAAAUCACGCCGCCAUGAUUCGAGUUUUCCAGUAGAUUAUCCUCCUUACUAACUUUUGAACUAAUGCAGCCAGUGCCGUGGUUAAUCUUAAUGGUAAUAUAAGUCUUAGGAAAAGUUGGACCACUUAGAUGGUUGUAGAAGGUUUGGAGGAAAAUGAUACGAUAUUUGGCUAUUUGCUAUGGUGCCUGCUAGCUUAUGUUAUUGAAUACGUUGUCAUUUUGCAGGAUUAUGUGUUCAUAUGAUUUGGCUAUGUUGUUAUAAACUUAUAGUUGAUACCCUAACUAAGUAUUGUAAUCUAUUUGAUUAAAUAUUCAGAUAUUCAUGUUUAAUGUUAUUAUAAACGAUAUUUCCAAGGUGACUGAAAAA